AUGGCGCCUCAGUUGGAACCCUACUUCAAGAAGGUCGAUGAACUGGCCGACUCGUUCAUCGAGCGCCUGCGCAAAGCGGUCGCCAUUCCCUCUGUGUCUGCAGACGAGGAGAAGAGAAAGGAAGUCGUACGGAUGGGCCAGUUCUUAGCCACUGAGCUUGAGUCACUCGGUGCCGAAGUACAGCAGCGACCCCUAGGCAAGCAACCAGGCAAAGAGCACCUCGAUCUCCCUCCUGUCAUCAUAGCACGCUACGGCAACGACAAGUCGAAACGCACCAUCCUCGUCUACGGACACUACGACGUCCAACCUGCGCUCCUCGAAGAUGGAUGGGCGACGGAGCCUUUCAAGCUGACUAUCGACGAUAAAGGCCGCAUGUACGGACGAGGAAGCACUGACGACAAGGGUCCUGUGCUAGGCUGGAUCAAUGCCAUCGAAGCACACCAAAAAGCCGGCGUGGAUUUCCCAGUCAACCUGCUCUGCUGCUUCGAGGGCAUGGAAGAAUACGGCUCCGAAGGUCUCGAUGACUUCAUCAAGGCCGAGGCCAAACAGUUCUUCAAAGACGCCGACGCCGUGUGCAUAAGCGACAACUACUGGCUCGGGACAGAGAAGCCUUGCCUCACGUACGGCCUCAGGGGGUGCAACUACUACUCGGUCGAGAUCGCCGGGCCGGGUCAGGACUUGCACUCUGGCGUGUUCGGCGGCACAGCACACGAGCCCAUGACCGAUCUCAUGGCCAUCUUGGGCAAACUAGUAGACGCCAAAGGGAAGAUCCUCAUCCCCGGUAUCAACGAGAUGGUCGCGCCCGUCACCGAGGAGGAGAAGGCCCUCUAUGGCCCCAUUGCGUAUACGAUGGAUAAUCUGUACGAGAGUCUUGGCAGCACGACGGGCAUCUUUGACGACAAGGAGCGUACGUUGAUGGCAAGAUGGAGAUUCCCUUCGUUGUCGGUCCACGGUGUCGAGGGUGGUUUCUCAGCCCCUGGUGCGAAGACCGUCAUCCCGGCAAAGGUCAUCGGCAAGUUCUCCAUCCGCACCGUACCAGACAUGGAGUCGCCAAAGGUGAACGAGGCAGUGUACAAGUACGUCAAGGACGAGUUUGCCAAGCUCGGAUCGAAGAACAAGCUGAACGUCUACUGCCAGCACGAUGGGAAAUGGUGGGUUGCGAGUCCUAAGCACUGGAACUUCUCGGCUGCAAGCAAGGCCGUCAAGGAGGUCUAUGGUGUCGAGCCAGACAUGACCCGCGAGGGUGGUAGUAUCCCGGUCACUCUCACGUUCGAGGAGGCAACUGGCAAGAAUGUGCUUUUGUUGCCCAUGGGAAGCAGCACGGACGCGGCGCACAGCAUCAACGAGAAACUCGACCGGAGGAAUUACAUCGAAGGUACGAAGUUGCUGGGUGCGUACCUCCAUUAUGUUGCAGAGGAGCCAAUGGUGGCUGCAUAG